CACUGCCCGAUUACUCUUGAAUCCCACUUUUCUCGUUUUCCCAAGACAGGUUAUUUUGUAUAUUGUAUGAACGAUGAAGAAUUUUGUGUUUGCUUGGGCGUUUGCCACGUUGGCGACGCUGUUCUCGGGGACGGAUGCGUUGCUUCGGUUUGGAUGCGCCAAAUCGUCCAUCCAGCGUCUGGACCCUCUGGUCAACAAUGGCAUGAAUCCAUCGCCGCAUCUGCACCAGAUCAUUGGAGGCAACUCGUUCAACAUCUCCAUGGACGUUGCCAGCCAUGACCUCGUCAAGCAAUCCACGUGCACGUCGUGCCAAUUCACCGAAGACUUCUCAAACUACUGGACCGCAGUAAUCUUCUUCAAAGCCCGCAACGGCACCUACAAGCGCGUCCCGCAACGCGCGCAGCAAGGCAUGGAAGGCACCCAAGGCGGCAUGGUAGUCUACUACAUGUCGGACGCGCUCUUCGACACUUCUCAAAAGUCCACCGUGACGGCCUUCAAGCCCGGGUUCCGCAUGCUCGUGGGCAACGUCAACUACCGCACGCUCAACGAAUCCCGCGCCAACCGCCAACUCACAUACACGUGCAUGCAGAACGAAGGCACGCGCGCCCCAGAGACAAUGGACUUUCCGAAAAAGCCCUGCCCCGCGGGGAUCAUGAUAAACCACCGCUUCCCGACGUGCUGGGAUGGCGUCAAUCUCGAUUCUCCGAAUCACCAGGACCAUGUUGCGUAUCCUUCUACGGGGACGUUUGAGUCGGGCGGCCCGUGUCCCGCUACGCAUCCGAUCCGGCUACCGCAACUACUACUCGAGACGGUGUGGGAUACGAAGGCGUUCAACAAGGCUGCGGAUUGGCCUGCUGACGGGAGCCAGCCGUUUGUGUGGAGCAGUGGGGAUACGACGGGGUAUUCGACGCAUGCGGAUUAUUUGUUUGGGUGGGAGGGGGAUAGCUUGCAGAAGCAUCUUGACGGGCACACAUAUGUGAGUGCGCCGACGUUGAAGACGCAGAAUAUUGCGGCGCAGAACAAGUGUACUGUCAAGGAUAUGGUUGGGGAGGAUUACGAUAGCUGUGAGUUCCUUUUCUCCCUUUUCAUCUUGUUUUGCGGUGGAGUUGAGGGUGUUGUAGGGGCUGGUUUGAUUGUGUGUUUGUUUUGCUGA